GCUUAAUGAGCAGCAGUCCAGUGACCAAAGGGAGUUAAAGAGAUGACCAUGAAAAGCUGUUUGUUUUCUCCAAGGAUUAUGACCCACAAAUGUUCAUCUAUAACAUUAAAAUGAAUCAAAUUAAGUAUGAGAAAAAUGAUUUUAAUUGUGGAUGGAGGUAAAUUAAGAAAUGGUUUAAAUUCCUGAAGAAAGAGAUGAGCACCAACUUCAGUGACCUUACUGAUGCUCCACUCUGCUAUCCCUCAUUGAGUGGGUCCUGCAUUAAAGAGAACCGACCUUUUAGUGUUCGCUUUCCCAUGUAUUUAUUCAUGGUUGUUACAAUCAUGGUGACAGUGUGUGGGAACCUGGUGGUCAUUGCCUCCAUAGCACAUUUCAGGCAGCUCCACACAUCCACAAACUACCUGAUUCUUUCACUGGCAGUAUGCGAUUUUCUUCUUGGGGGAUUAAUAAUGCCCUACAGUACAGUCCGCUCUGUAGAGGGCUGUUGGUAUCUGGGAGACUUCUUCUGCAGCGUUCACACUAGUACUGAUAUCAUGCUCAGUACUGCUUCCAUUUUUCACCUUUCCUUUAUUUCUAUUGAUCGCUACUUUGCUGUCUGUGAUCCACUGAGAUACCGCAACAAAAUAACUACACUUGUUGUGCUUAUCAUGAUUACUGUCAGCUGGAUGGUUCCAGGUGUCUUCGCUUUUGGAUUAAUAUUUUUUGAACUGAACAUCAAAGGAUCAGACUAUCAACAUUACAAAAAUAUUAAAUGCACUGGAGGGUGCACUGUGUUCUUCAGCAAACCUUCAGGAGUGGUGGCAUCCAUGCUGUCUUUUUUCAUCCCAGGCUUUGUUAUGUUGGCUAUUUAUCUCAAGAUUUAUCUUGUGGCAAGAAGACAGGCUAAAUCCAUAAAAGACAUCACACACCUGUUUCAGGCUGCUGAAGAAAACAAAUGCGGAAUUUCAAGGCAAAAAGAAAGAAAAGCUGCCAAAACUCUAGGAAUCGUAAUGGGAGUUUUCCUAAUAUGUUGGUCCCCUUUUUUUGUCUGUAACAUCAUGGAUCCUUUUACUGAUUAUAUAACCUCACCAGUGCUAAUAGAUGCACUGGUCUGGUUUGGUUAUUUGAACUCUGCAUUUAAUCCGAUAGUUUAUGCAUUCUUCUACAAAUGGUUUAGGAAGGCUCUGAGAAUUAUUAUGCUUGGGAGAAUUUUUGAAAAAGAUUCUUCACGUAUCAAAUUAUUUAUUGAGUAAAUAAAUGGUAAAUGAGCCAACCUGUUAAAUGCUGGACAUCUGAAGGGAAUACAUGAUUGUAUUUUGUUUGAAUACAGAAAAUGCAAUAUGAUCUAGUGGUUAAAGAAGUUUGACUUGGCAGCACAAAGUUGCUUGUUCAGUUUUCAUCAUGGAUUCUUGGCAUGGCCGUGAGCAAAAAAAGCCCGUCUUUGUUCUAUUUGUAUGAAUACGCUAGUCUGUACUUUUUGUGCAUUUCUUGUUGUUUAUGAAGGUGUUUACUUUGAAAGGCACGAUAUAAAGAUCAGUUUAUUUGUAUUAUCUAUAA